GCCGGCCUGCGCGUCUCACGCCCGGAGCUGACCCUGCCCCCGCGCGUCCCCGCCGCCCUUUGUGGCCGCGAUGGCCGUCACCUACGAUGACUCGGUGGGCGUGGAGGUGUCCAGCGACAGCUUCUGGGAGGUCGGGAACUACAAGCGGACGGUGCGGCGCAUCGACGACGGCCACCGGCUGUGCAGCGACCUCAUGAGCUGCCUGCACGAGCGGGCGCGCAUCGAGAAGGCCUACGCCCAGCAGCUCACCGAGUGGGCGCGGCGCUGGAGGCAGCUGGUGGAGAAAGACGCGGGGGCCCGCCGGCAGAGGCCGCAGGACGGCAGCAGCCUUCUGGCCACGUCUACCAAGGAGAAAUACGAGAAGUCCCUGAAGGAGCUAGACCAGGGCACCCCCCAGUACAUGGAGAACAUGGAGCAGGUGUUCGAGCAGUGCCAGCAGUUCGAGGAGAAGCGGCUGCGCUUCUUCCGGGAGGUCCUGCUGGAGGUGCAGAAGCACCUGGACCUGUCGAACGUGGCCAGCUACAAGCACGUCUACCGCGAGCUGGAGCAGAGCAUCAAGGCCGCCGACGCGGUGGAGGACCUGCGCUGGUUCCGCGCCAACCACGGGCCGGGCAUGUCCAUGAACUGGCCGCAGUUUGAGGUGAGGCCGGCUGCGGUGACCCUGCGGCCGGGGGGAGUCCAGGGGCCUGACCCAGGGCCUCAGAGUACUCAAGCUCGUGUCACCCGUUGGCCGCUGGCGUGCCCUCAGGGCAGGGGACACCCGGAGCCCCCGACUCCUCCGCCAGACGGCACAUUCAGCCCCGUGGGUCAGGUUAAUGCUCCUCUUUUCCCGUGUUCACGGUCUGAGUGCCCCGUGGCCGCCAAGGGCAGCAGCAGCUACCAGUACUACCCCUUGUCCUCUCAGGGACACAUUCUCCCGCCCGGGGACGAGCUGACCAAGAUCGAGGACGAGGAUGAGCAGGGCUGGUGCAAAGGACGCUUGGACAACGGGCAGGUGGGCCUGUACCCAGCGAACUACGUGGAGGCCAUCCAGUGACGGCCCCUGGCCGCCGCGGGGCGAGGCCACGGCCCAGGCGCU